AUGGAAGGAUUACCGAAGCUACCUGGUAAUGAUUUUGCCAACCGGCUGCGCCAAAAGCAUCACGUUCCGCAGAGCUUCAAGUACAUCAACGGAUACCCGAUUCCGGUUCGUCCCGAAUGUGGGCUCGGUGGCGAACGUUUGCAUGAAGACUCGAUCCAGUUCAGUGAGGUCUCGGGUGGAGGAAAUGACACCGUCCUGUACGAUCCUAUCCUCACGUACGGCCGGGUGCGCCAUCUGCCCGUGAAACCCUACCGGCCACACUUUGUGCUAUACGAUCAGAAAACGCUCAAGUUCAGUGCGUUUUUCCGGCAGGCGGUGCCCGAAUCACCGCACGAAACGUUUCGCAUCCGGUACGUAAACAUCCUGUACUUUCUCGAGGAUGACACGCUCACCGUGCUGGAGCCGGCGAUCGAAAAUUGUGGCUAUCCGCAGGGUCGGUUGGUGCGUCGGGGACGCAAGCUGAAGAACGCCGAACUGGGUGAGUUUUACUGCUGGAAGGAUCUGAACAUUGGCAUCGACGUUGAGAUGCACGGAUACGUCUUUCACAUCACGGACUGCGACGCGUACACGAAGGAGUUCCUGCUGAGCAACGGUAUCGAGCUAAACGAAAUCGAACUGUUGCCACCCGAUCCGGCCAUGAACGAGCGCUCGAUCAGCCAGCGGCAGUCGUUCCGCCAUCACAAGAUGUACCCGGUACCGGACGACAAGCUGAGGAAGUAUCUCGAGUAUCAGGGAAAGGUGUUGCACUUCGACUGUGUGCUGGAUGAACGGGAUCGUGAAGGUGGGGAACUGAUGACCUAUAAACUAUUCUACUACCUAGAAGACGACACCGUUUCCAUAAAAGAGUUGAAAGAGAACCAGGAAGGUCGGGACUACUUUCCGAUGCUGCUUCGUAAACAGAAACUUCCGAAAAAUUGGAAAGAGAAUCCCGUGUCACAUCCAUCGAUUUUCUUGGAGAAAACAGACCACGAAGUUUCGGAGUACUACUCCCCGAAAGACCUGAUCGUAGGCUCGACCAUUUUUGUGUACGGUCGUAAGUUUCUACUGCUCGAUUGUGACGGUUUUACACGCUGCUACUUCGAGAAAGCGCUCAAGAUCAUCCAACCGGACCGGGUUCAGCUAAGCGCUUCGCCGAAGCGUUCUCCGCGGCUCAAAAUCCCCACGUACCUUGGCAUCGGUACGCCGGAGGAUUCGCUAGCCUCACACCACAGUCUAGUGCCCAAGAGCCCGAAGAAGGACGUCGUCACAUAUCUGGUGAACGUUAACAAAUUCCUUCGCUAUGGUUGCGUGCUCGAUACGGCCCACCCGGAGGAUCAGGUACGUCGGUUCGUGCUGAGCCUAUCGCUGGCCGAUGGGACUAUUGGCAUAAUGGAAUCGUCGAUCGACAAUUCGGGCAUCCGCGGUGGAAGGUUCUUGUCGCCGCGCAAAAUCUGGUUGCCCGGGUGCGAUCCGAACGAACCCGACUACUACACGGCCAAGGAUCUGUACAUCGGUGCAACGAUUGUGGUAUUUUCACAUCGGUUCAAAAUCGUCAGUGCUGACCUGUACGUGUACCGGUACAUGCAGGCACAUCCGGAAAUGUUUUCCUCUCAGACCAUCGAAAGCGUGCGUAACUAUAUGCUCGCCGAGGGGCACCUCAGAGAGGAUCUGCAGCAGGCCACGGAUGAAGCGUACCGCAAUAUGGCGCCAGAAGGACCCGAGGGUGAACCGAUGGAUGAGGUGCAAAAACGAUUGUCCGGAUUUAAAGUAGACGGUGGCAGGGCUGGAACACCAGAGCUUGUCUGUGCUGCAGGAUCACCGGGGCCACAGUAUGAAAAGACUCACGUUUGUGGCGGCCAGGCAGAACAUCCGUGCCCCCAUCCGACCAUCCCGGACGAGGAGAUUCGUAAGGCGUAUCAUACCAAUGAGCCAGAAGACCUAGCCAUCCAGUCGUAUCGUGUGCCCGAAAAUUAUCCAUCUUCCCCUUCGCCUCCUAGAUCGCCAAUGUUGGAAGUUCAAGGAGGUGGCAAAAAAACGGUUCGAUUCCAGGAUGAUUGUUAA